CCGAGCCGGGCUGAGCCGGGCCGGCCCCCCCGGCCGUGGGCGCCGCAUGGCGCGGGCCUGAUGUCGGAGCGCGGCCCGGAGCCGCGGCGGCGCUGCGGGAGCAGGAGGAUGGCGGGGCUGGCGUGGAAGUGGCCGCGUACCCGCCUGCCCGUGGGCGCCAGCGCCCUGGGCGUCUUCGUCCUGUGCUGGCUCUACGUGUUCCCCGUGUACCGGCUGCCCGACGAGAAGGAAAUCGUUCAGGGGGUGCUGCUGCAGCAGGGCAAGGCGUGGAGGAGGAACCAGACUGCGGUCGCCCUGUUCAGGAAGCUGCUGGAAGAAUGCUGUGACCCUGGGCGGCUCUUUGCUAUGACAAAGAUGAAUUCCCCCAUGGGAAAGAACCUCUGGUUUGAUGGGGAAUUUUUAUAUUCUGUCACAAUUGACAAUGCAACUUAUUCUCUCUUCCCACAGGCUACUCCCUUCCAGCUGCCUCUGAAGAAAUGUUCUGUGGUGGGAAACGGUGGGAUCCUGAAAAAGAGUGGCUGUGGCAAACAAAUAGAUGAAGCAGAUUUUGUCAUGCGGUGCAACCUUCCUCCUCUAUCCAGUGAAUACAGCAAGGAUGUUGGAUCCAAAACCCAACUGGUGACUGCAAAUCCCAGUAUAAUUCAGAAAAGGUUCCAGAAUCUGCUGUGGUCCAGAAAAGCCUUUGUGGACAGCGUGAAGGUCUAUAACCACAGCUACAUCUACAUGCCAGCCUUCUCCAUGAAAACAGGGACAGGACCCUCCCUCCGUGUCUACUACACCCUGGAGGAUUUCGGUGCCAAGCAGGCAGUCCUUUUUGCCAACCCCAACUUCCUGCGGGACAUCAGCAAGUUCUGGAAGAGCAAAGGUAUUCACGCCAAACGCCUUUCCACGGGACUUUUCCUGGUCAGCGCUGCCCUUGGUCUGUGUGAGGAAGUAACAAUUUACGGCUUCUGGCCGUUCUCGGUGGACCUGCACGGCAAGUUCAUCAGCCAUCAUUACUAUGACAAUGUCCUGCCUGACUCCGGAUUCCAUGCCAUGCCGGAGGAAUUUCUACAGCUUUGGUUUCUUCAUAAAAGUGGGGUACUGAGAAUGCAGCUAGAACCAUGUGAGGACCCUCUAAUCCAGCCUUCAGCCUGAGAAUCAUAGGAAUCAAUUUGGGAGAUACAAUAGUUUUUAAUUUCCAUGCUCUCCAACAGAGAGUUCUGUUUUAUGUCGGUUGUUUUUAAAGGGAUCUGCAUGGACCAUAAAAAUGCUACUUGAAGGCCAAAUGGAAUAUGUCCUUAUUUAGUGCUUUAUGGAACUGAGAGGGGAUGAAAUGUAUCUCUCCAUCAAGUCCAUUUAGCAGCAGUGGGAAAACAGUGUCAGAAGCAGCACAGCUGAACUUUCCAGGGACGUUUUUAAGUGACAAGUGUAAAAAGGGCAUUAAGGCUCAGAGAGUCACCAGGCCACUCAUAAGCUUUUGCUAACAGUGCCAAAUAUGACUGUCUGUUCCAAAUUCCAUUUCAUUCCAGGUCAGCACCCUGUAGAACUUUCCUUUUUCCUUGCUUAUUUCCUCUGUUUGUGUGUGUGUAGGACAGCAUGUGUGUCAUUGAAUCUUUGUUUAUUUUCCUUUUAUUCCUUUUUUUUUUUUUUUUUUUUAAAUGUGUCACUCCCCCUCCCCCCAAGAGGAAGGGGAAGGAAGGGCUUAAAAGCCCAAGGAGCUGAGUACCAUCAGCUCUCUGAAGACUCUUGGGAGAGUGCUAAGGUGCUAAGAAUCUGGUUAGAAUGUCAUAGGAAUGCCUCGCUACUGGGGAUGGAUAGACCUAUGUGUUGUAGGUUUUAUCAGGAUAGUUCAGGUCAUUGCACUCACAGCUAUGCCAGUGCUGUACUGUGGGCAAGAGCUGGUUAAGGCAAACUGGUCUGAAAAGAAAACGUGUUACAAAACCAGCAGUGAAGUGCAGCCUGAUUUCAGUCACCUGCUGCAAGAUUUCCACAGUGACUUUCAUAGCAGGGAUGGUUCCUGACCUGUUUUGCUGUCCAGCCUUAGGGAUUAAUUCUGUAUUCAUUUGGACUCCAGAUGUUCAUGGACUGUUGAGGGUAUUUGAGGGGUUCAGUGGAAUGCAGAAUGAGGUUCUUCAUGUGCUUAUAGGAAAAUUACAGAAAUGAAUGUGUCAUUUAAAAUUAGUCGAAGCUUCAAAAAUUGUUUCUCUGUGUGUGACUUGCUCUUCUGCUUGGAUUGUAACGUUAGCCUUAAAGACUUGUACUUCUCACAUGAGAUUGUCUCUGCUUAAACAGUCUGGGAAAUAAAACAGCCUUUGGGAGCACUGAAAAGCUGCAGAGCCAGCAUGAAAAAGGAAAAAAUAGAAGGGCAUGCCUGAUGCAAGGCAGCCCUGCUCACAGUGGUGUAAAGUAAAUCAGAGCUCUUAGCCUUUUCAGAGGUCUCUGGAGACUCCCUAAAUAAUAGGCACACAGUUACACAAAUAUAAACAAAAUAGCCUGAAGUUUAUAGCUCAGAUACUGGUUAGUAUCUUGAAGAAUUACUUUCAAAUCAUUUAGAGGAAAAAAACUGCAAAAUUUUUUCACGUGAAAAAUAUCCCCUAUUUUUUUUUCUCCUAAAAUGCAUUAAAAACUAAAGAAACCAUGUUAAAAGAUAUGUGAAUUUCUCCUGGUUUCCAGCUUAUUCUGACUUCUAGCUUUGUAUUCAAGUCCAUACUUCUGCAAAGCCUCCAAUUCUAGAUUGCCCCAUAGACUUAAAAAAAACACCCGUUAUACUCCAAAUGUAGUCCAAAAAAAGGGAAAAAAACCAAGCUCAGGACAGAGAUUCAGCUCUUCUGAAAUCUGUGGCUGUUUAUGUGCUGCCAUUUAGUGGUGGCGGCCAAAGAAGUAGACAAAUAUCAGAAAGGAGAUAAAAGCACAAAAGGACACAGUAUUUCUGGUAAAGGGAUGGAAACAUAGGUUUAAAUGCUUGGAACCCCAAGUUGUUAUUGUUAGGUCUUUAUUCUUUUGCUUCUCUUUCCCUCGGUUCUUCUUGUAUGGGGUGAAACUUGCUGUGUUCACAAGUUGCUUAAAAUUUUCUCUGCACUACAUUGAACUUUCCUCUGGCUUUAAACCUAAAAAAUUAAUAGAGGGACAAAAACCACUUCAGGUUUAUCAAUAUUUGUAUGCAUUUUACAUCUUCCUAGUACUAGUUACUCUAUUAACUCAUAAUUAACUGAAGGAGCAGAAACUACUACUUAUCCCAGAGUUUUGAAGUCUUUCUUCCUGUAGUGAUUUCUCUGUCAGGUGAAUGGAGAUUACUUUUAGCUCAGUUGUUGUGAGAAUUAACUAACUCAUGCUUGGGAAUUAAAGUGAAAAAAACUUCAGAAAUUUUAUUAAGGUUAUCUGUUUUGAACAGUGAAAACAAGCAAAUGAACCAUCCUUUUUAUCUGAGUGAAAUUACGCUUUUGUGUUAAAAUUCUCCCCCAUUGUUAGGAAGUACAGUAGGAACAUUACAUCCAGGGAGCACCUGGAUUGCAAGAAAGGGAAAAGCUGUGGAUUUUUAAUGUGCAAAGAAGGUUUUCUCCUCUCUGCCUUCAAUUUAUAAACCAGAUUCUCUGCUCUCUUUGACUGUUCUGACUCCAUAAAAUCAAUAGAAUUGCCUGGAUUUUAACCAGUUGACUGUUCUCAAACCUGAGGGAAUUUAUCCUGUGAAAAUUUUAAAUUAUUUUAAAGCACUGCCAGAUUGUGAUAUUUAGUCAAAGUAUCAUAAUUCUGUAAUUUAUUAUGUAAUCUACCAAGUCUUUUUUCCCAAUAAGUACAGACCUUGAGCUGUUUAUGCUGUUUGUUGGUUCCUUUUGUAAGGCAAAUAUCUCACUGCAUUUCAAACUUCUGCUGCAUGAAAGUGUCCCAAAUUGGAAGGAAAUCAUGAUCUGUGACACCUCCUUGUUUCAUGGAAGUGAUCCAUGAGCUCUUCAGUUUGUCAAAUGUAUUGGAUGAGCCAAGUGAAAAUGAGAAAAGGAUUUUUCUACACUGGGAAGCUUCACCAUUCACUGGCUGUAACUAGGAAUUAGAUGUCCUCAAGUAAUUUAUUAUUCUUGAUGGAUCUGAUGUCUGCAAAUAAUUUUGUUAUCAAUAACAAAUCAAAUAAUUUUGUUAGAUUUUAUUGAUGGAAUGGGAUGAUCUUUUCCCCCUGCUUUUCAGCUGCAAUUCUUUUCUGAUAGCAUUUGCAAGGAAGAAGUUCUUAUUCUCUCUUUUUUUUUUUAAAAGACAAUUUAUAUCAAAGGCAUUACUCUAAUCUCAAAUAUUGGUUUUCUUAAAAAAGUUGGUCUUAUUCUUUUUUCUGUUUUGUACACAAUAUUUUUUUUUUCAUAACAGUACCUAUGUUUUCAGUGAUAAAAUCUCAACAAGUUAUUUUUCUCUUUAAAAACAGAUUUUCUGUCUCUCCUGAACCCCAUUUUAUGAAACUGUCAGGUGUCUUUGGGUUUUAUCCUAAACUGAACAUAAUCAUAUUUUGAAUCUUUGGUAUAUCUGAGUACACUCAUACUCAGUGAGCUGUUUCAAUAAAAUAGAAAUUUAUUUCCAAUAUAGCUUUCAACUUCAGUUAAGAACAAGGAGUUUUCUCCUUAAUAAAGGCCUGUAACUGCCAUACUGAUGGCUUAAAGAACCUAGAAAGAAAACAACACAUUUUUGAGAUAAUGUUAGUAUAGGAGGUAAUAAAAAAGGCUGGUCCUUAUUGGAGGCCUGCAGGGGCAAUCAUGGAAAAUAUUCACAAAAUGCCCAUGCCCCUCCACAGAGUGAAUACAGUUUUAUAAGUUUAGCAAAUUAGCAUAACUGACAAAAAUCACCAAUUGGAGACAUAAGUGGGGAGGCAAUUUCCCCCAAUUCAACCCUCUCUGAAUCUUGUCCCCUCCCACUCUUAGAUGGAAGCUGAACUUUGUUUAUAAAAAUACAUCUUGAAUAGCUGGUCUCAACCCUGGUUCUAGGGAGAACCAGGAUAGGAUAGGGGCAUUGGAAUGUGUUUUGUCUUUCUGCCUGUCAGGGCAGGGAAAAGUACUGGGGAAACUAGCUAAAAUACAAUAUUAGGCUGCAGAACUACACAUAUAUGUGUAAAGACUACAGAGAAUAUAUAUAAAAGGCAAAAGGCAAAAAUCAAUUAGGCAUAAUUUCCCCCCAUUUUUAGAGACUAACAAGACUCUACCUUGUCUAGUCUCUACUCCAUAUUUAACCACACCACAUCAUACAGCAGCUAUUAUUUAAAUAAUAACUACAGAUAUAAAUAAUAUAAACAGUUCCUUUUAUCCAGGCCCAAUUCUGUAACCAUGAGGUGAGUGUCAAAGAUUUAUUCAAAGUUCAGUGGGCCUUUUGAAAGCUACCUGAUGCAGAAUUUGAGUUUGCUUUCAAAUUUCAACCAAAUCCUUAAUAAUUCUUUCCCGCUGAUCUGCAUGAGAACAACAACUAGUGUUAAUGAUUUUGCAGCUAGUAGGAAAUUGAGAGUCAUUCCAGACAAAUCGUGGACUUCUUCUUGUAAGGCUGAAAUUGCAUCUGAAAUUUGCUUUUUAAUAUGUUCAAUAAUCCUUACUGUGAUCAAAUACUAUGUUUGGAAUUACAGCUCCACAGGCCCAAUCUUUAUCUGGGGGCAAAACUUAGCAGACCUCGUUUUCACAUAUUCAAUACCACCCUGACAAGUUGUUCUUAUGAAGAGCUUUUGGAUACAUUUUGGACUAAAACCACAUGCAAAUUUUGGGACCAAAUCUGAGCCAUGGUUACCAACUGUUCAUGCAACAGGCACAAAAGAACCACAUAAAUAAUAUAAUCCUCUCUUUUCCAGUUGUUUUGGGAGAGAGGUCUCUUAACUUUUGAGCAGUGAAUUCAGGGUUCCCUGCCAGCAGCCCUGGCAUGAGUGAGAGUAGCCAGGACUUUGAAUGUUCACUUAAUUUGCCAAGUUAAGUGUCCCACCAUUUAGCAUAGAGCCACUCUCCAGACUGGAAUGCGUGUGCAGAUGUGUCCAGUACCAUUGGUCGGGGUAAAAUGAAUAAUCUCUGGACCUUCUGCAAAGUGGAUCUUAAAGUUAACCCCUAACCACUAACCUUUACCUCAAAUAAUAAAAAAAAAUCUGCAUCAAUACAAGUAUUUUUUAUUUUCAUUUUAUGUCUUAAGGAAGUUACAAGCACUACUAAACUUUUUUGUUUCUUACACAUACCAGACACCUGGUUUUAACCUGUGUUAAUGCUGUUUCCAUCUGGCUGUUUCCAAAAGCUCCAGAGAAAAACAAGCAAACAAAGACACCAAGGAAAUGAAAGGUGCCUUGCUGUGAUGUUUAUCUAGAGUGGUACAUUGCUCUUUUAAUGAACUGUGAAAUGUAGCAUGUGGAUGAUGAUGAAUGGAAAAACAUGCAUGUGUUUUUAUUUGAAUGUUGUGUCCUUGAGAUGGAUUACUAGUAUGAGCUCUGUAGUGUAAAAAUACUGAAAAGAGAAGAGAAAUAGAAAGAAGAUACUUUCAGCAGGUUUUGCACUGAACCACAUCCCCUUCUGACUAUUUUUCUUUCUGAGACUCAGAUUUGGUAACGUGGCCCUUACCAUUAGGAUGGUAAUAAAAAAACUGCUCUGUUCCUAAAGUUAAAUCUGGUUCUUUCCAGCACUGUAAGGGACAAUCUGUUUGUAUUUCCAGCAUAUCUCAUUUAUUCCCAGGCAUGGGCUCACGGGGCUGCACUGGCUGGGAGAUCAGUCAGGCUCACUGGUGAAGCCAGUGCUGCACAUUUCCUGCCCACAUCCCACAUCCUGCAUCCAAUAGUCUGUGCCUGUGCCAGGAGAUAGGUGACUGUGCUUGUUACAUUUUGCUGCUUAUGGCUAGAAGAUGAAGUGCAAACUAAAACUGUGAAUUCCCUUCCAUUUCUUGUAGGCACAGCCACAGCUUGGGCAAGUUUUGUGCUUGACCAGAACAGAGAUGGGCUGUGCAAAGGUUUUUCAAAGUUGUUAAUUUUGCAUUUACCUCACUGAGGUAUUUACAAGAAGUCAGUGAUUUCACAAGGCAUCAAUAUUUGUUGUUGCAGUUGCAGCCAUCUUGUACAUCUGUUCAGCCAGGGACCAGUGAAUAUCACUGGGGUUAUCCCAACUCCCUGGCUUUACUUUGGGAACAAACUAUGUUAUCUGAAGGCAAGCAGCCCAGGAAGCACUACUUGAAAGCUUCUGUUUGCUUCUCCCUGUAGUUACAAGGUCCUGGCUGUCACCUUCCGUGACCUUUCAUCUGUACAGUGCUCAAGAAAGGCGUGCUUGGAUCAGUGGUGCUACCAAAACUUGAACAGGUGUUGGGAAGGAGCUCAGUGUUGGGAUAAAACAACCUGAUUUGGGAUCAGUGGUUUACAGGAAUGCUGGUAUGCAAAGCCCUGGCAUGACAGACAGUUUCUCCUGACUCUUUACAGACUGGGCACAGUUGCCAUUUUUGCUCUCUCACACCAUAUUCCCAAAGGAGCCAUGUGAUGUGGGAUGUCAGUGUUAGCUGUUAAAUUCUAGUAUUUUUAUUUGCAUUCCUUCUUCUCUUGCCCAAUUAAUUGAAAAAAUGUGAUGGUAAUGUGGUAGUUUGAUGUCUUGAGGUGAUUUUAAAGUAGAUAUGCAAACCAUUAUGCCUCUGAGAUUGCAUAAUUCCAUGAAUUUGUUUUACCUCCAGUGCCCAGCAUGUAAUACUCAUUGUCUCAUUUCUGAUGUGUGUAAGCUUUACAGGCUGGAUAUCGUGUCCAAAUGACAGGAGCACUUGGGUGAACAUCUCAAAUCAUUGGUUUUUUGGCAUGCUCAGGGGCAAAGAUACUAGUGUGGAGUGUGUUAAACAUCCCAAAGCGUGGUAUUGUUCUGAGUCUUGUGAUCAGGGCUUCGAUCUAAUUCACUCUCCAAUGUAGCAAAUGUUUGCUGUCAGCCAACACUAUUCCAAGGACUAAAGGAAUCUCUUUCUUUGCCCUGCAAUAAUGUAUUUUCUAUGAUUAUGUCAGUAGAAUUUGUUCAUUUUUCAAGUACUGUGCAGUGCUUCUUUGAAGAAUGUCCCUUUUUCAGGUGGUUUCAUGGUGACCGUACCCCAAAAUGUCUAAAUGUCUCUCAAUAGCAAAAAUUGCUUUGUUAUUGAAUGUAUUAUUUAUUAACAGUAUCUUGUCUUUUUCUAGUUGCAUUUUACAAAAUGUGCCACAAGCAUCUUACGUGAUUUUUAUAAGGAAAGUCUUAUUUAUAAUGUUGUGCAAGUGGAUGGAAACAAAUAAUGAUUUUAUAGUAGCCCAUGCCUUUUUUCAUAGCUGCAAAGUUUUAAUGGGCAUGAUCAGAAGGGACAGGCUCAUUGUUUAAUUUAAUUUUGAUGAAGCUUUUCAAAACUAUUAUGUUAUUCAUUAUUUGAAAUUAAUUAUCUUAACAAAUAAAUAUUGCCAUUUUAAGAAAUGAAGAGUAUUUGCGGGGCUUCUUUUUCUUCUCUGUUCCUUGCUCUCUAACCCAGUAUAUCCAAACAAUCAAGGUAAUUUCUUGUUCUCAUUUACCUUUUAAACCUCCCCAGCUUAGGCCCCUUUAAAAACAAUGAGGAUAAAGGGUCAGAUAACCCUGGCCACUGCAGGGACAGUUGGAGCAGGAUUCCUCAGCCUGGUAGGUACCAAAAAGCAUUUAUUUGCCAUUUCUGAUCAUUUCUUUACUUUGCCUUGCUUCCCCAUGCCUUGCAUUGCCUUGCUGCCCCCUCUGUAGCCUCCCUCUUGGCCUUCCUCCCCUCCAUUAUCUGGCACUGAUUUACUCAUCCAGCCCCUGCCAUGACUUCCCAACUCAUUUGUCCAAGUCCAGCCUUGACUUUCCU